AUGAGUGCAGAAGAUUUACAUCCAAUAGAACUUGCUGCUCAUACAUUAUUAAGUGGAUCAUUAGACAAUUUAAAUGAAAACUUUGAACUGUUGAAUCAAUCACAAAUUGUAUUAUUAGCUAGAUUAAGAAUCAUUGAGAAUAAAUUAUUAGAAUUUAAAGAAACUGUUGAUAAGAAUCAGAUUGAUGAUAAGACUUUAUCAGAACUGUUUACGAAGAUAAAAGAAUUACGUAAGAGAUUAGAAUCUUGUAUAAAGACUCUUGAAAAAGUGGAACAUAGAGUUGAAAGAAUUGAACAACGAAUGGGAUGA